ACGAAAGAACCAUCGUCAACUUCUCAGAUUUCUCUGGAAAAUGGCAGCUCAACAACAACAGCAGCAACACCAAGAACUCAUUACUCAAGCACUAGCUCAUACUCUCGAUCCUAAUCCAACUACUCGAUCUCAAGCUGAAUUGACUUUGAAACAAGCUAAAACUACUUCAGAUCACUUUGGUUUGAUUCUGAUUGCUAUCACUCAAAAUCAUACUAUUCAUACUUCAAUCAGACAAGCUUCAGCUCUUGCAUUCAAGAAUUAUGUUAAAUCAUCUUGGUCACAAUCUGACGAAGAUCAACAGGAUGAAGUUGUGAUUUCUGAAUCUGAUCGGAAAACUCUCAAAGAACAAUUAGUGGCGACCCUUAUCUCACUCUCGGAUACGCCACAAUUACAAAUUCAGUAUCAAGAAUCAAUCUCUAUAGUAGCUGAUGCUGACUUUCCAGAUCAAUGGCCCGAUUUGAUUGAUCAAAUCGUUCAACGAUUUAGUCUUACAGAUUGGAAACUUAAUAAUUCAUUGCUUUCUACUGCUCAUGCGAUUUUCAAACGUUGGCGAUCUCAAUUCAGGACUGAUUCACUUUUUCUUCAGAUUAAGUUUGUCCUCGAAAGAUUCGCUGAGCCAUAUCUGUCUCUCUUCAAGCAUCUCGAUGGCGCGCUCAGCAAUAAUAUCCAGACACUGCCGGCAGCUCAGCAACAAGACUUGAUCAGAUGUCUCCUCAGUAUGAUUCAGAUUUAUUACGAUCUUAACUCACAAGACAUUCCAGAAUUCUUUGAAGACAAUUUACCCGAAUUCAUGACCAUUUUACACAAAUACUUAACGUGGGAUUAUCCUGGCUCUUCCUCAAACGAUGACGAUGAAGAAGCUGAAGCAGGAGACCUAGAGAAAAUUAAAGCUAGUAUUUGUGAAGUCGUUGAACUCUAUAGUCAACGAUACCUGGAUGUUUUCCCAAUGAUGGGUCAGUUUGCAGAGACAUGUUGGGCUAUGCUCACUCGUCUUGGCCAACAGCAGCGCUAUGAUAUCCUUAUCAGCAAGGCGACGCGGUUUCUUUCUGUUGUAGUCCGAAUGCCGUCCCAAAAAGCUCUUUUCGAAAGUGACGCAACUCUUGAAGCUUUUUGUGAGAAGAUUGUCUUGCCUAACAUGAUGCUACGAGAGUUUGAGGUAGAGAUGUUCGAGGACGACCCGGCGGAAUUUGUACGAAGGGAUCUAGAAGGGUCCGAUAAUGACACUCGUCGCCAGGCUGCUACCAACUUCACACGAGCUUUGAUGGAACAGUUUGAGGCAAAGGUCACUAAGAUCAUCACCACCUAUGUUCAAGAUAAUCUCCAGAAAUAUGCAUCGAAUCCAACUGCGAACUGGAAAUCAAAGGAUGCUGCUGUCUCUCUUCUCGCAUCGGUCGCGUCUCGCAGUUCCACCUCAACAGGAGGGGUCACUUCGACCAACUCGUUGGUGGAUGUAGUGCGCUUCUUUUCCGAACACGUGGUUCAAGAUCUUCAAGUCUCGACUGGAGCGCCUGCAACACAUAGCGUGAUCGUCGCCGAUGCAAUCAAGUUUCUCCACACAUUUCGAAACCAGCUCACACGCGAGCAAUUGAUCUCAGUCAUCCCGCUCCUCGUUCCACAUUUAAGAUCAGAUGUAAUGGUGAUCUACACAUAUGCGGCACAUACGAUUGAACGUAUACUUUUCAUCAAGCGUGACAAUCAGCUGUUAAUUUCCUCGGGCGACAUUCAAGCCUUAACACACGAAUUGCUUCAGGCUCUCUUUGGACAGAUUCGGAAAGGUUCGACCCCACAGCUCAUUGCACAAAAUGAUGGUUUGAUGAAGUGUGCGAUGAGAGUGAUUUUCACCGCGAGGCAUUCAUUGGUACCGCAAUAUCAGGAUAUAUUGUCAAACCUAAUUUUCAUCGUUUCAGAGAUCAGCAAGAAUCCCAGUAACCCAAAGUUCAAUCACUACACCUUUGAAAGCAUCGCCGCGCUCAUCAGGUUCACAACUGUGGAAAAUGCUGUACCACUUUCUACCUUUGAAACUGCACUUUUCCCUUCAUUUUCAAACAUUUUGAGUCAGGAUAUACAGGACUUCGCCCCAUUUGUGUUCCAAAUCCUGUCGCAGAUGCUCGAGAUGCACGUCAAUGAUCUACCUGAAUAUUACGUCAGUUUACUUCAACCUCUAUUGACACCCAACUUGUGGGAAGUGCGUGGAAAUAUCCCGGCAUUGGUAAGGCUCUUGAGGGCCUACCUUUCCGUUGGCGCAAAGUGGAUUGUAGAAGGAAAUUGGGUUUCAGGAAUGCUCGGCGUGUUCCAAAAGUUGAUCGGGUCGAAGGUCAAUGAUCAAUACGGGUUCGAAUUGCUUCAGGAUUUGUUCAAAUAUAUUCCAAUGGAGCAUCUGUCAAGUUAUCUACGAAACGUGUUUGUUAUCUUACUGACUCGGCUCCAAGCGAGUAAGACCGAAAAGUAUACUCGAGGAUUACUCUACUUUCUCAUGUUUGCAAUGACCUUGGAAAAACCCCACCUUUCCCCCGACGUGAUAAUCUCGACUCUGAACUCUAUUCAACCUGGAUUGUUCUGCCAGGUGAUGGAAGGUGUUUUGAUUCCGGCGGUUCCUAGCACGCCACUCAAAGACCGUCGGGUGGUGGCACUUGGUCAUGUCUCGCUCUUAACUCGGUCUCGAAGUCUGCAAAAUGACAGUGAAGCACGAUUGUAUCUUCCGAUCUUGAGUUCAGUACUCCGAAUAUUCACUUUACCACAAUUGUCAAAAGGAACGGAAACGGCUGAGGAAGAGGUUGAAGAACAUGAAUAUCAAGUGGGCUUUAGUAUGCUAGGAGCUAGUAAACCACGUGGUAAAGAAGAAGUUCUAGAAUAUGUGAGCAUGCCCACAACAGGGAAAAUCUCUUGCGACCUACCUACUUGA